CUUGACCCUUUGUACUCUGUGUUUAAUGUUCCUAACGACGAGAACACACCUACUAGACUUUUACAUUUGUCUUUCCGCGAAUUCCUUAAAGAAAGAAAAAGCCUAUUCUGGAUAGACAAAAGAGGCACACACAAGAAGCUAGCCACACGUUGCCUAGAGCUGAUGUCUGAACCAGAUGUCCUGCAUGAGAACAUGUGCAACCUUUCGGGACCUGGGGUCUCAGCAAGCGAAAUCGACAAGGGGAUAAUCGCUCGUAGUUUGCCACCUAUCCUACAGUAUGCGUGUUGUUACUGGGUGGGUCAUCUCACGCACAGCAAGCAAGCCAUUAUCGACGGAGAUACGACGCACGUCUUUCUCACAAACCAUCUUCUCCAUUGGAUAGAAGCUAUGAGUCUUAUAGGC